GAGCACCAUCAGAGCACGACAGUGAAUUAUAUGAGAUUUGCAAGAUAUCAGAGGGGCCAGAGACUGAGAGCUGUAGAUGCGUGCUUUGAAGACCUUAAGGAUAGCAGAUUGGUGGAAGAUACAUUUACGGCUGAUGAGGUGAGCGACAUGCUUGAUGGUCUCCUGGCUGUAGUACGUGGAGAAGUUGAGUCAGAACUUAUCAACACAGCACAUACAAAUGUUCUCUUGCUCAGACAGGUAUUCCAACAGGCUGAAAAGUGGCAUCUAAAACUACAGGCAGAUAUUUCUGAAUUGGAAAACAGUGAGCUUCUAGAAAAGAUUGCAAACUUUGAAGAUGCAGAAUUCAGUGGUGCAAGUCCUCGAGACAGUGAUUUUUCGAUUCUUCAAAGCAAACUUGCUCCCCUCAAUGAGAGUGGUAGCUCAGCACUGCUUUCUAUGGAAAUUGAUAGACUGAAAGAAGAGAAUCUAAAGCUAAAGGACAGACUGAAACAGGUUGAAUCAAAGGCUUUAGGAUAUCAAGAUGAAAAGUCACGUUUGAAGGAUGACCUGAAAAGAACCCAAGAGGAGAUGGGUGGUUUGAAGGGUAGAAAGCCAGAGCAAUCUACCGAAGAACUUGAGCAAAUGAGAAAACAAAUGGAAAAUAUUAGAACAGAAAUGGAUAAAGGAUCCAAGUCAAGUUUGGAUCGGCAGCAGCAUUUGGAAUCAGAUCUCACAGGCACCAAACAUGAACUUUUACGAAUAAGAGAAAUGUUAGAAUUAGCUGAAAAGGACUUGGAGAAGAAAGUCAGUCAAACAGCUCCAUUCAAAAAUCUCAAACAAAUGCUACAGAAGAAAAAUGAACAGAUAAAGGAUCUCAGGAAAAGAUUAGGCAGGUAUGAAGGAGAUGAUUAGAGGAUUCCAAACAAAAGAAAUGUGGUUAUUGAAAACCAAGAUACGCAAAAGUGAGAGAAAACUUUUGGCAUAUCAAUUAUUUGACAAUUAUCCUGGAUGCUCCACGCAGAGCUAUAAAAUGUGAAAAAUUAAUCAACCAUUUUGACAUAUCACAAACACAUUAUAAGAGGCUGGAGCUGAACUCUACAAAAUGGAGAAUUCAGAUGUAUUCAGAUGAAUUUGACAAUUAAAGUCAUGUGAACCGUGGAGAUAUCGUGCUUUUCCUGCUAGAAUUGUAGUUGUAGACACUAGAUAUAUCUUCAUAGUUUGUAACCUAAGAAAUUGGAUUAACAGGAUGAGUUAAGGGAAUUUCCAUUGGAAAUUGUCAGGCUACUUUGGAUAAGACCAACUAAUAUUUUCAUUAUUUAUAUAUUGUGUAUUGGAAAAUAACAUUGCAAGUAGUCUUUGAUGCUGUGUAUAUCGACCAGAUGCUUCUGGUGGUUUAUAACCAUGUGGGGACCAGUGAAUGUACACGUU